CGUCUGCCCGUUACUAGCUUAGCUUUGGUCUCGUUCGCAGGCGCUCUUCCUAGGCGGGCACUCUUCCAUCGCAAGCUACGAAUUCGGCUCUUCCCGAUUCGCGUUUACUGCCUUCUUUCCUAGGCUUCCACCCACAGCCCUGUGCAUCUCGGUCCUUCCUAGGUGGCCCAGGCCUGGAAAACACAGCUUUCAGCAUAUAUAAAGAAGUUGUUGUGGAAGCUGCCUCUAUAUAAUCCGUGUACUGAAUUUAUGGAGAAACCUACACAUGAUGGAAGUCAAUCAGAAGUGUUUUCCCAUCCUGAAAGAAGAUCAGAGAGAGAAUAUCUACCACGGCGUGCAAGUGAAAGUCAUCUCAGUGGCCUGAAGCAAGACAUCCUAAACAAAAAGACUGAAUUGGAAGCAGCACUUAAGGAAGCUGAGUUGGCAACCUAUUCUAUAGAAUUGCUUUUGCCAUUAUUUAAGGGCACGAUUGAAGAUAUUAAUUUUGAAAAUGCCAAUCUUUCUGCAUCAAAUUUGAAGAAGAUUUCUAAACAGAAGGAAAUAUUAACAAAAGAGUUAGAGACUUUUAAACGUGUAAAACAAGCUUUAGAACAUCUACUUAGAAUGACAGAAUACGAACAAAUAGGGGAUACUUUACCCAGCAUGUUGUUAGAGAAGCUAAAAGAUAAUGAAACUGAGAAUAUUAAUCUUAAGAAGAAGGUACUUGAAAAGGAGACCUAUAUCCAAGAACUUUCUUAUUUGUUUCAGAAUGAAAAGGCAAAUGCUUUGAAAGCAAACCGUUUUUCACAAUCAGUAAAAGUUGUGCAUGAACGACUACAGCUCCAAAUUCAUAAAAAGGAAACAGAGAAUGAUAAGUUAAAAGAAAAUAUAAAGAGCUUAGAAAAGAAGGUAGCUGAAUGGAACUUGCAAUUGAAAAAGAAUAAACAUGAGGCCGUUGUAGUGAAAGAAUCAAGUAAGCAGAAAGCCAUAGCUCUAAAAAAGGCAUCUAAAGUUUACAAACAAAGGCUUGAACAUUUUACGGGAGACAUUGAAAACAUUACUUCCCAAAUUAGAGACCAGGAAGCCAAGUUAUCUGAAAUAAUUUCAACUUCCAAUGCCUGGAAAAGUCAUUAUGAAAAAAUUGUAAUAGAAAAAACAGAAUUGGAAGUUCAGAUUGAAACACUGAAGAAGCAAAUCAUUAAUCUUUUGGAAGAUCUGAAGAAAAUGGAAGACUAUGGAAAAAAUUCAUGUGAAGAAAUUCUUAGAAACCUUCAUUCCAUUGAAUGUGAAAAUGAAACUCUUAAUCUUGAGAAUACAAAAUUAAAGACUACACUUGCUGCUUUGAAGGAUGAGGCCGUUUCUGUGGAAAAUGAGCUGUUAGAAUUGCGAGAAGUAGAAAAGCAACAGAAAGCCCUUAUUGAAGUGUAUAAAACUCAGGUACAGAAGUUGCAAGAAGCAGCUGAAAUAGUGAAAAGUAAAUGUGAAAAACUGCUACAUGAAAAUAAACUAAUAACAAAAAACAAAAAUAAAAAAUUAGAGAAGAUGAGAGGCCAGAUGGAGUCUCAUCUGAAGGAGUUAGAGCGCAUCCGCGGUUCCUUGUCGGCGGCCGAGCAGAAGCUUCUGGAGUGUCAGGACAGUCUGCAGCACUACAAGGGGAAAUGCGCAGACCAGGCGCAGACCGUUAGGGAGCUUCAGGGUCAGGUUGAUGGAAAUCAUGAUCUUCUGACAAAGCUUUCUCUGGAAGAGGAAAAUUUUCUUAUUCAAUUGAAGUGUGAAAACCUUAAACAGAAAUUACAACAGAUGGAUGGAGAAAAUAAAGAGCUUGAGAAGAAGCUGGCAAACCAAAAAGAGUGUCUUAAGCACUACAAUCUUAAGUUUAAUGAGAAAUCUGCAGAAUAUACAGCAUUGGCCAGACAGCUGGAAGCUGCUUUAGAAGAAGGAAGACAAAAGGUUUCUGAAGAAAUAGAGAAAACAUCUUCUAGAGAGAGAGCUUUACAAGUUAAAAUACUGGAUUUGGAAACUGAGCUUAGAAAGAAAAAUGAAGAACAAAAUCAACUUGUUUCCAAAUUGAACAAUGAGCCAGACACUCCAUGAAAGCUUUUUUCAUUCACAAGUACCUAAAAAGUGGAAGAGCUGAAAGUUCAGAAGUUAAAUGAUUUUUGGCAUGUCCCAUUAGUUUAAUUUUAUUGCCAUCAAAAGUUUUAUGGCGGUUUAAUCAGAGUAAAGCAUUUAUCACCUUUCAUUUAGCAUAAGUCUUCCCUUUAUUUCUAAACAUUUUUUUACUCACCAUCAGAGUUCUUGAUAUUAUAAAAUAUAUGUGAUGUUCUUUGUGUAAUUGAAGCCUUUCACAAAAUAAAAUAAGUAUACUAAAAUGAGGUGGAUUUUGCUAUAAUGUUCCCUGUAUUUGGCUGAAGCUACUAAAAAUCAAUAGGUUUAAGAUACGAUGUUUUAUGUUUGCAGUAAUAAAAAUCUCAAAUUCUAAUCAGAGGUUUAGAUAUUGGUGGAAAAUGAGCUAUUUGUUCAGUAGGCAUUAUGUAUACAUGCCUUAGCCCCAGUUGAACUUUAAGUCCCUUGAGAGCCUGCCUUUAUGGUUAGUUAUAUCACCAGUGCCUUCCACAAUAGCCUCCCCACGGUAGCAGGUUUUCAGAUUUUCUCCCCAGUUACUCCAUUGGAGGGCAGAGUGGAUGCACAAACCUAAAGGUGACCUCAGCAGUUUAACCCAGGCAACCCUCCUAGGGCCUGAAAUGUCUUUGAAGUCUUAUGUAUUAUCCUAAAAUCCAUGUACAUUUUGCAUUCUACCCUACAAUAUAAGUAUGCUUGUGUUAAUAUUUUCUUCCCAAAUUGUUGAGUAAAAUUGAUGUUUUAUAAAGAUUUUCAAUGUUCAUUCUGUGACUUUGUGUAGUCCAGCCUAGCACAUUGCUACAUAUCACCCCCCUUCCCCUGACAGGCAUAGUUCAGUUUGAGAAGAUGUCAGGUAUCACUGAACACCUGAUAUGAAGGAAAUAAAAGAUCUCUCCUCUCAAGGUGACUACACUUUAAUUGGAAGCAAGAUAGUAUUUGUAGCCUGUCUUUAAAGCAUUUUCAGUGAACAGAUCUACUUAGGAGUUUAGAUGCAGCUCUGAAUGUUUUUGAAAAAAGUAUUUGGUUUUUGAUUUUUCUCUUGAAUAAGGAACACCUAUAAUAUUAAGAGUUCUUUUUAAUUUUUAAAGUAUUCUAAAAAUAAAUUUUUAUAUUAUUAAAAGUAGAAUGCCAUCAAUUUUUAAAACAGCAAAGGUCAUUCAUUUUUAUGGUAUAGAAGGUAAAUUUUUAGACAUAGAAAAUGGCAAAAAAAAAAGGCAGUAUUAAAAUGUCAUGUUAAAUUUAAUGGAAAUCAUGACAGUUUUAAAUAAAACUCAUUUAUUAAUCAUAUUAAACAUGUAACAAUUUGGGCAAUUUGUACAUGUAUUAAAAGUAUAUCACAGUAGAGAUCAAGCAUCUUGAAGUAUUCCAGAUUUUAAGG